AAAGUGCCAGCUAGUGACCCAAAUAAACUUUAUCGGUACGGAGUUUUGUAUGACAUCGUCAAUAAGUUGAAUGUGUUCCCGGAAAUCGACCUACAUGAUCUCACGACCAAUUCAAAAAAUUGGUUCAAAGCUGUGCCGAUGUAUCUAUCUAUGCAACGCGAGAUAGAAGAAUUUAAUUUGCUGCGAGCACAUCAAGAGCCACCGAAGAAACGCAAAAAGAGAAAGCGCAGAAGACCGAAGGGUAAGAAACGACAGUGGAUCAUCAAACGAAAACAAAUGCUCGACGAUUUGGAAUAUCUACCGUGCAUUCGCAAUUUGGUGGUAGUUCCGAUGUGUGAUUUUCGGCGUACGCAUUUCAAAAUCGACUGUUCGAGUAUGUAUCAGAUCUUGUCUUCUCAAAAAUUGAUUCCGAAACAGUUAACUGAAGACGGAAAACCAAGUGACAAAAAUAUUUCACAAAAGGUUUUCAACGAGAAUAAAGAUUACAUAUGGAAUCAGUAUUUUUAUAUGCGUAAAAUUCGGUGGUUUGUCCGCCGCAAAAAGAAAUUUGACUUUUCGAUAAACAGCGAUGGAAUUGCUGUGUCUCUGCAGUAUUCCACCAAAAAGAAGGAGACCAGCAACACACAAUCGGGCACCAGUCGAUUGGACAUCAUUGACAUGUUGAAGGCGGGCAAAUUCAAAAGAUUGGGAGGUACAGAUUCAGGCAUGCGGAACUGGAAUACCAUAACAAUACAUGAAAUUGAUACUUGCAAAGAAAUCAACUUUGUUAAAAAGAGCAAGCAGUUCCAUUGGGAGACACAUCAAAACGUACGAAACGCAAAAGCGAAGCGAUUCACGAAAAAUUUCAUCGAGAAAGAAAGACAAGAUCGAGAGAAUCGUGAGCUGUACGCAAUGAUGCCAUCACCAAAAGGUUCACAGUGGCUGAGCUAUAUUAAGCAUCGAGUUAAGAUGACCAAACAUGGAAUCGAAGCUUACUCGACUGCAAAGUACACUAGACUCGCCUUGGACAAAUACAUUGGGAGCAACAAAGUUAUCGACGGAUUUGUGAACAAGAUCACCAAUAAGGAACCGACUCUGUUAUUCCAUGGUGCUGAUGGCGAAGUACCACCUGAUUGCCCGUCAAAAGGCAUUCUAUUGAAGUUAUUGCAAAUCAACGAAAAAAUAAAGAGUCUUACAGAAUUAGAGAAACUUUUCCGCACGGUGGUACAUGCGUAUUUUAUUAGGCUACAAGCUGUAUUUCAAAAUAAUAUUUUUCACACUUUCGUAAUGAAUCCAUUUGUAUGACA